UGUGUGCUCGUUUGUUGCAGAUGAGAGGAGGAUGACAAUUUAGCAGCCGCCAUGUCCUUAUUGUACUCCAGCGAAUCCCCGAGUUCUUCUUCUCUAUGCCUCAACGAUUCCACCACCGAAUGCCUGCCUUGCGUCAUCAGCAACAUAACCUCAUUCCCGGCCUCCUUCUACGGCACGAUGCCGGUCUCCGAGGACCCCCGGAUCGAGGUGCUGAGGAGGUACUCCUACGGGUUCGCUCUGCCCUCUAUCUGUCUUCUGGGGAUCAUCGGCAACGUUUUCAACUUGGUGGUACUGACUAGGAGGAACAUGAGAGGCACAGCGUACAUUUACAUGAGGGUCAGAUAUACAGGAGGAUCUUUUCUCUAUGGCGAGCCUUGCAACGAAAUAAACACCGCCCAACUGAGAGUCCAAAACUGGGAAGUACCGAUCACCACCAAAUGCGUCGAUGUCAAAGGCUUCAAGAAAAACAUGCUGGCAAAAAUGAACCUAUCCAGCUACGCAGAAUUCUUCAACCAAGUGGAAAAAGCACACACUCUAUACUCUGACCACAUGAACCUCACCAGAUUCCCAAUUUCAAUCGUCAGGAAACUACCUAACCUCGAAUUCAUCGAUUUGUCUGGAAACCUCCUGGCUAGAAUCCCCAACAAAGUGUUCCUGAUAGCUCCCAAGCUCAACAAACUUUUUUUGUCAGACAACGAAGUGAUCAUCCCCAAGAAGAGACCCUUCUUAUCGUCUCUGACCCUUGGGACUCUGAUGUUGAGCAACAACGGGAUUUCCGCUAUUUACAAGUACACUUUCAUGAAGUUGCCUGCCCUGGAGGUGCUUUACCUGGAUGACAAUAAUCUGAGGAGCAUAUCGCCUUCUAUGUUCCAUUCGCUUCCCAAUCUGAAGUAUCUGCAUCUGGGGAGGAAUUAUUUGACUAACAUACCCCCGAAGUGGAUGGUCUCCAAAUCGUUGAUGUACUACAUUACCAAGAGCCAGAAUACAGUAGAUCUGAAGUGA